AUGACGGAGUGGACUCUCCUCAAACGCCUGCUGGACGCCGUCCACCAUCACUCCACCAUGAUUGGCCGUCUGUGGCUCACCGUCAUGGUCAUCUUCAGGCUGCUCAUCGUCGCCGUGGCGACCGAGGAAGUGUACACGGACGAGCAGGAGAUGUUUGUGUGCAACACGCUGCAGCCGGGAUGCUCCACCGUCUGCUACGACGCCUUCGCCCCCAUCUCGCAGCCGCGCUUCUGGGUCUUCCACAUCAUCAGCGUGUCCACGCCGUCGCUCUGCUUCAUCAUCUACACCUGGCACAGUCUGUCCAAGCCGCCGCACCGCCGCGCGCCGUACGACCGCAGCUGCGACUCCGACAGCUGCUCCGUCCCCUCCCACAAACACCUGGGACACAGUCUGGAGGAUGUUCUGGACCACCAGGGGGGGGACCCGGCAGGACCCCGGACCUCAGGGGGGGUCCUGUCCAAAUGCUACGUGCUCCACGUGUGCCUGCGAGCUCUGCUGGAGGUGGUGUUCGUGGUGGCGCAGUGGAAGCUCUUCGGGUUCCGGGUUCCGGUCCACUUCCUGUGCCGGUCGCAGCCCUGCAGCCAGCCGGUGGACUGCUUCGUGUCCAGACCCACGGAGAAGACCGUCUUCCUGCUCUUCAUGUUCGCCGUGGGCGUCUUCUGCGUCUUCCUCAACCUGCUGGAGCUCAACCACCUGGGCUGGAAGAAGAUCCGGCGGGCGGCCCGUCUGAAGGAGGGGGGGGCGUGGGGGGGCCGCGCCGCCAGGAAGGGGGGGUACCACCCCUUUCCCUCCGACAGCCCGUCCCUCACCAGCACCGCCUCCCUGCCCGCGCUGGACCUGGUGGGGGGCCAGCAGCCGGACUGGACCUGCGCCGUGAGCUUUUCCUCAGAACCACCAGGGAGGCCGGAGCGCCAGAGGGGGGAGAACUCCCCCCCAAAGAACAAGAAAGGAGCACAGACGAGGAGCGCCGAGGUCUGGAUCUAGACUCUGAGAGCCG